GCAAGACAGAAGAAAUACACACAGAGACACUCACCCCUGCUCUUUCAUUCAACUCUCUUUCAGCUUUCGUGUUUCUCAGACUAAUCUCUAUUCUACGAGAUCUACCUAUCAGCGUGAUAUCAAAUGUCUCGAAGGUAUGACAGCCGCACGACGAUCUUCUCUCCAGAAGGUCGUCUCUACCAGGUUGAGUAUGCUAUGGAGGCCAUUGGAAAUGCAGGGACUGCAAUUGGGAUAUUGUCAAAAGAUGGAGUUGUGUUAGUAGGUGAAAAGAAAGUGACUUCCAAGCUCCUUCAGACCUCUACAUCCACUGAGAAGAUGUACAAGAUUGAUGACCAUGUCGCAUGUGCAGUGGCCGGGAUAAUGUCGGAUGCCAACAUCCUUAUCAACACAGCUAGGGUCCAAGCACAGCGCUAUACAUUUGCUUACCAAGAGCCAAUGCCCGUUGAACAACUAGUCCAGUCUCUCUGUGACACCAAACAAGGUUACACGCAGUUUGGUGGGCUCCGUCCAUUUGGGGUUUCGUUUCUAUUUGCAGGUUGGGACAAAAACUAUGGUUUUCAACUUUACAUGAGUGACCCAAGUGGAAACUAUGGUGGUUGGAAGGCUGCAGCCAUUGGGGCAAACAAUCAGGCAGCACAAUCAAUGCUGAAGCAGGACUACAAGGAUGAAAUAACAAGAGAAGAGGCAGUUCAGCUUGCACUGAAGGUGCUCAGCAAGACAAUGGACAGCACUAGUCUGACUUCCGAUAAGCUUGAGUUGGCUGAAGUCUUCGUCUUGCCUUCAGGUAAAGUGAAGUACCAGGUGUGCUCACCAGAUGCACUGAGCAAACUGUUGGUGAAGAGUGGAGUGACACAGCCAGCUGCUGAGGCCUCUUAAGUCUCUGUGUUCUUCUAAUUAGAUAUGACAUUGAGAAAAUGAUUUGGCAUAUAACAUUUGAAUUGUAUGUUUUAUUUGUAUGACUUUCUUUCAAAACACAUGAUGGAUUUUGGGUCUGUUAUAACUCCUCUUGGCAUAAAGCUUGAUGAAAUUUGGUAAGAGUAUCCAUUGUACUUGGGUUUCUUGAAUA